CUUUUACUUUCCCACACGAGGUAACCAUAACUAACCUCACCAUAGAACUACUCUUCCUAUCAUUCCCUCAUUUUCAUUCUCUCACUCUUGACCCUUACACUGUACUUGGUUCUUCCCUCGUUUAGAUCGGACUUGAUAGAUCGAGAGAAUUCAGAAUAGAGAAGAUCGACAGAUAUUCAAUUUAAAUAUUAGAUAGAUAGUCGACUUAGAUCCUAGAUAGAUAGUCAACUUAGAUAUUAGAUAGAAUCAAAUAUAAAUGACCAUCAUGGUUCAAUCUGUCGAUACGACCGGAGAGAAAGAAAAGAUGGUCGUUUUGAAAGAAGCUGAGGAGAAAGAAUUGGUAGAUGGACAGCAAUUCGUCGUACCCAACUUUACUGUCAAACAAUUACUCGAUGCUAUUCCCGCCCAUUGCUUUCAUCGUUCAGCACUAAGGUCAUCUUUAUACAUCGUUCAGGAUUUCACCCUUCUAGCUGGUUUGGUUUAUGGAGCUUAUCAUAUCACUCCUACUUUGGAUAAACUUCACCUCUCUCCCGCCACAUACUGGACUGCCAAGAUUGCCCUCUACGCGAUAUACCAAGUCCUCGCCGGGCUCGUAGCUACAGGUGUAUGGGUCAUUGCUCACGAAUGCGGCCACCAGGGUUUCUCUUCCUCGAAACGUAUCAACAACUCGGUUGGUUGGGUCCUACAUUCAGCCUUGCUGGUACCAUACCAUUCCUGGCGUAUCUCUCAUGGUCGUCAUCAUGCGGGCACCAACCAUUUGACCAGAGACGAGGUGCACGUGCCGAAGACUCGUAAACAGCUCAAAGCUCCGGAGAUGAAAGAAGAGGCUGAGAUUUUGGGCAUCAACGUGUCCGCCAUGCGCCAGGCCGAACUCCGCGAGGCACUCGAGGAAUCUCCAUUGGCCUCUCUCUGGAAUGUCUUUCUCGUCCAACUCGUUGGCUGGCCCAUGUACCUCACCACCAACGCCAGUGGUCAAACUCAUUACCCAGCUGGGACCAAUCACUUCACCCCCAAAGCUGUCAUAUUCCGAGCUUCACAAUACUGGCAAGUCAUCUGGUCUGACAUCGGCAUCUGUCUCGCCUUGACCGUAUUGGGAUACUGGAUUUACAAAAGGGGUUUCGCAGAGUUUGCAUCUAUUUAUCUCGUUCCUUACUUGUUUGUCAACCACUGGCUCGUCUUAAUCACGUUUCUUCAACAUACCGAUCCUCUCAUACCCCAUUACUCUGCUGAGAAAUGGACUUUCGCCCGUGGUGCGUUGGCAACCAUCGACCGCAAUUUCCUUGGCCCUGUCGGCAAAUACAUCCUCCAUGGUAUUUGUGAGACUCAUGUAGCGCACCACAUUGCAUCAAAGAUUCCUCAUUACAACGCAUGGGAAGCCACUGCUGCAUUGAAGACUUAUCUCGGACCUCAUUACUACGAAUCUGAAGAAAACAUCUUGGCGGCUUUUUGGAGGUGUCACAGGGAAUGUCUCUUUGUGGAAGACGGACAAGACGUCAUGUUUUUCAAGAAUGCCUCUGGGUUGGCGCAACGUGUCCCAGUGGAAGAAGGUGGGAAUAUCUCGGAUUCGGGUGUGGACAUGGGGGAGAAGUGAGAGGUGUUGGUCGGUCGUUGCUAGUCCAUUCCCAAUCUGGUAAGUUUAUGAAGGAGAAAUGGGUGAUGGAGGUCAAGUUGCAUGUUGGUAGGUGUUUGAAGAAGGAUGGAAUUACGUUUUUACGUUUGAUAUGAAAGAUACACAUGAAGAUGAUUUUACCUUGUC